AUGGGAAACGUUAUUCCCCGCUUUUUCACGUUUGUUUACCGCAAUCUGUGGGAACCAGUAGUCCAACCGUUUCCUUUUGAUGUUCAAGAUGCAUACUUCUUGAACAAUCGUGCUCGAUCAAAUCAUGGAGAUGAUACAGACACCGAUGACAACGAUUCAGUUGUGUCCCAAAGACUACCGGCUGGCUAUCGUGGUCCAUAUCCAAUCGCAAACGACCAUAUAAUUCCCCAGGAGGGCAACGAAAGAGAAGAUGAUGAUGAUUCGCAAUUCAUUCGUUAUUUGGACUGGAACGAUUUGAAUGACGCUUAUCUUCUCUACUCGAAUGCUUUGUUUCCAGGAUUCUAUCGAAUUCGUUUGAACAACUUGAUGAUCGUAAGAAAUUUCAUUUUUUGUAGCUUUCUCAUCAAAAUAUGUAUUUUCAGUUCAUUGGAAUCAAUGAAAAUGGAGAAUUCCAUGUUUUCCAAGCCGACUUCAAUGAUCCACGCUAUUAG